AUGAAUCACUUCGGAUGCGAUCAUCAAAGCGAAAGUUUUCGCGUCCCAUACAUCCUAUCCCAAGUCAUCCCCGCGUGGACACACCUGAAGUCGCUCCGAGUUGGCGCUAUAAAUGGUGCUACUUGGGUGCAUCUCGCCCAACAUCGGACGCUACACCGCUUGGAAGUACGCUUUCCCGCCGUUGAUGUUCACUUGGGUUCCCCUUCAGCUCCGGGGGGAAAUGCGGUCUUCCCUGCCCUGGACAAGCUCACUCUCAGGAGCUUGAGCUGGGGUUUACGUGGUGCCACCGGCUUACUUCGUUCGACGGGAGGACGUGGCUCUUUGAUCGAUCUUCACGUGGAUAGUUGCAUUCAGCCACAACCCACAGAGCUAGGCGACUUCACGAGUGCAGUCGCAGACCACUGCAGCGCUGAAAGCCUCACAAACUUCUACUGCUCAGAAAAGAUGUUCAACGAUUGGGGCCUAGAAAUAGCAGAUCCGUAUGAUGCCGAGUUUGGGAUCACGUUCAACACCUUGCAACCUCUGAUGAGCUUCAGUAGACUGGAGUCGCUGAUGAUUUCCGGGAAGCGGCUGGUACUGAUCAAAGACGACGAACUGCUAGAGCUCGCCUCUGCGUGGCCGCAGUUGCGUGUACUGGGGAUAAACGCUAAAGCAGGGUGGAUCGUGACUUCAAGAGUAACGUUCAUUGGGCUCGCCAAGUUGAUCGAGGUCUGUCCGCUGCUCAUGAACCUCUACAUCUCGAUCGACACGAGCAGCCCCACCGACAACAUCAUUUCCAACUAUCGUGACAACAUGGAUCGUGCAAGCAGCACGGAGACGCAGGUACCUGGGGCUGCGCUGCGCUAUCUCUACUUUCCGAGGACGCGAGUGGACGCGCGGGACGUAAAGCGGAUUGCAGCUUUUUUUGCAGUUCUAUUGGUUAAUUCUCCUCACGCUACCGUAUACGGCACUCCUGAAAAUUGGCUGAAGGUCAGUAGUGCGAUUAGAAGAAUCACGAAUGAGCUCCGCAGGACGGUUCUUGCGGACAAUAAACAGCCAGAGGACACGAGUGGGCCGGUGUCGAGAAAUAGAGCGAGCGAACUGGAGACUGAUUCUGAUGAGGGCCAGAUAGAGGAGGAACAUGAAGAAGACUCUGACAGUAGUAGUUACGAGUCAUGCGCAUCUGAGUAG